AGAUAAGCGGUUUCACCACCGCGCAACUCAAACCUCUAACAUCCUCCGUGUGUUCACAGUGCAGCCCUGCAACCAGAUAAUGCACUUUUUAAAAAAGUUUUUUUGGAUAAAUCUUCAGACUACGACGUGACUUUCCUGAGUGGAGAGAAGUUUAAUUAAGUUUUUUUGUUGCGGGCAGGAACUUUUGACCAUGGAGGACAACAUCUUGGGCUGCCAGGUCUGCCUCACCAAAUUUAAGUGGAUAUCUGAUUUCAAGAAACAUGCACGCUCAACAAAACAUCGAGAGAAAAUUAAAGAGAUCUUCCAGGAAGAUACAUUCAAGGGUCAUGGCUUAUUUCCCUACAUUACUGUGAUGGAUUCUAGAGGAAAACAUGACAUCAAACAACCACUCAUAGGCUUGUCUCUGCUGACGUUUUGUUUCAGCCUAGAGACAAAGAUCUUUUUUUACUUGUGCCAUGUCUGUGAGGAAAAGUGUCUACCAGACAGGAUUGCGCGCCACCUCUCUUCUAGUGACCACUGCAGCAACUACUUUAACUACACAGACCCCAACGUACUGAGUUUGUCAUGGCUCCCCAGCAUGAAUAUGAGCGUCAUUCUCAGGCCUGAGCUCACAAAGGAAGCCCAUGAAAGAGGACCUGGACAACUGCAGAUGUUGGAUUUACCUGGAAAUAUGCUGAAAAAGCUUGAAACAAGUACCUACUCUGAAGUGAUGCGGACUCUCAGUGAAAAUGAGAAGCUCCUGAAGCUAAUUGAAGCGGUCAAGCCAAAGAGGAUGAUGAUACAAACAUACCAAAGAGACAGCAACAGGAAGCAUCCACUUCUUGGCCUGCAGCACAUUGUUGAAUGUGUUUGUGUCGGACUGAACGAGAAGAGAUACUACCUCUGCACGCUCUGCAAACUCACUUUGGCCGCCCACAUGGUCAUCAAACACGUCCUGAGCUUUGACCACAUCUAUUGUUACUUUAAAGCGUGGCACCCCUCUACUCUGCUGUCAAAGGAAUGCUACAAGGAUUACAACAAGGCCUUAACCUCCAUGAUACUUGAUUUUGCCAAGCAGACAGAGGAGAUUCAUGGCACUGCAAACGCUGAUAUGAAGCAAGUGAGCCUGGAGCCUGCCAAAUUCACCUCAGUGAAUUUCACUUGUUAUGCAGAAGCUUUGAAGGAACUGGAAUCCAUCACAAAGGAAAACAAGGAGAGCAGCUUGAUUACGAGCAUCAAACCAGGGAAGAAACUAGAGCGUCUUGCUGUGUCAGCUUUGAAGGAACUGGAAUCCAUCACAAAGGAAAACAAGGAGAGCAGCUUGAUUACGAGCAUCAAACCAGAGAAGAAACUAGAGCGUCCUGCUGUGUCAGCAACUUCUGUAGCAUUUUUGUGCAAACUAUGCUGUCAGGAGUGCAAUGUGAUCUUUGAGACGACAGCUCAGUAUUUCAAACAUGUGUCACAGAGAGAACACAAAGAGAUGUUGGAGAAAUUCUUUGUCAAAGAUGAAAGUGACGAUGGUUGUGCCCAAACAGUUAGGAAACCCAGACUGGGCUUCUUCAAGUACCUCAAAGAGAGGUCGGCGCAAAAUCAACCAGCUAUUGGUGUAUCCCUGGUUGUGACGUGUGUCAGCACUCAGGUUCAGGUGGAACCUAUUUACGUGUGCUUUGCAUGUAAGGACUGUUUCCCUGAUUCCGUUGUCAGACAACACUUCAACUCUCGAAAACAUCUCAUAAACACAAUGCUGUAUCAGAAUCCCUGGCGGCUCCCUUUUGGCUGGGAGAAUCGCCUCGAUGUGAAAGGCUUGACAGCAGUGGCAUGGAGAGAAGAGGAAGAAAGAAGACUAAAUCAGAUGACACUGAAGAUUCUUGAUAUCCCAUACUGGAUGUUUGCCCAUCUCACUUCUGAUUACCCAAAAGUGAUGACGUUACUUCAACGACACCACACUCUCCUAAAGCGCAAUGUUCCACAGUGUGAAACCUACAGCAAACUCAAAGAGAACGAGAGAUUUCCUCUGCUGGGGCUGCAGUUCCUGGUCAUGCACGACAUGGUCAAACAGCAUCAGUCCCUAGGAGUGGGAUUUCUGUGUUUGCUCUGUAAGAGGAGGUUGUCGGAUGAGGAAUGUCACGCUCAUGUGUUCAGUCGGGAACAUGUUGCAACAUUUCUGGACUGUUUCCACCCAGGCUCCCUGAAUUCAAGCACCGAUGUAGAGACCUUAUUGGACUUGGCCAAACAAGCUGGACGUAUUCACUCCAUAUCACAUGUGCAGGUAAUAAAGUUGGAUAAAAAACCCAUCUGGGAGCCAUGUACCUACCACAAAGCCAUAUCCAUUCUGGCAUCUGCAAAGAGAAGAGAGGGGAAAGGAAAGCUUAAACCCCCAAUAAUGCAUAAAAUGAAGCUGGUCCCCAGAGGAACUUUGAAAGAUGUGGACAAGGCCCAUGUGAGCGAAAACAGCAGGGUGAUGGAGGGGUCUGAGAAAAAGACCAUUCAAAAGUCUACAGAAUACAGUGAGACAAGCCUGACAAACACUUCAGUAGAAGAUGGUGUUGAGAUCGCCAAUACACAGUGUGUAGAGAAUGCAGAAAAUGCUGGAAAGGAAGGAGACAAAAAGAUACCUACUCCAAGUCCAAAAGAAUCAGAGAGGAGAAAAGAGGUGUUUCCAAAAACUAGUUCAGAGGAGAUAAAGAAUGCAGUUAGUGAGACAUGCCGGAGGAUAAAGCAGGAGAAGAUUGUAAAGGAAGAGGACAUUGAAAAGCCUAUAGUGAGAACACCAAGUGGGGAGACCCUAGAAAGCUGCAAGAUCGCAGAUAAAACUGAUGGAACAGAGAUUGGAGAAGAAAGGAGCAAAAGUAGCAAAGAUGCUCUCACACAGUUGAAGAAUACUGCAUGCAAAGAAAAUGAAAAUAAGCGUUCAAGCAGCACGUGUGAAAAAUCACAGGACGACACAUGUCCUAAUGAGGAAGCAGAGAAAGAAAUGUGCUAUAAAAGGCAGCGACUCACCUUCAAACAAGAAGCAUCUUGUGAAGAACCCCAAAACCUGCCAAGCAGCAGACAAACGGAGGGAGUAGACAAAGAGACUCCUACUCCAAGUCCAAAAGAAUCAGAGAGGGGAAGAGAGGUGUUUCCAAAAACUAGUUCAGAGGAGAUAAAGAACGCAGAUAGUGAGACAUGCCAGAGGAUAAAGGAGGAGAAGAUUGAAGAGCUUAUAGUGAGAACACCAAGUGGGGAGUCCCUAAAAAGCUGCAAACACACAGACAAAGCUGAUGGAACAGAGAUUGGAGAAGAAAGGAGCAAAAGUAGCAAAGGUGUCCUGAAACAGUUGAAGAAUAACACAUACAAAGAAAAUAAAAGAAAGCGAUCAAGCAUGUGUGAAAAAUCACAGGAGGUCACAUGUCCUAAUGAGGACGUAGAAAUGGGCCAUAAAAGACAGCGACUCACCUUCAAACAACAAGCAUCUUGUGAAGAACCCCAAAACCUGCCAAGCAGCGGACAAACGGAGGCGACCACCGCAGACGAGGGAGAAAGUGGAAAAUUGAGUCACAAGACUGCAAAGGAUAACGUGUCUCCUAGCUUGAACCAAGCGCAAGAACAAGCAGCUCAACUGUGGCAGUAUGUCAAGAGGAAGAGCAGAGAGCCUGUGGUUGGCUUGAAUGCACUUCUUGAAUGCUAUUGUGAUCAGCGUGGUCCCAUCUACCUCUGUGAGUGCUGCUCUCUGAAGAUCCCAGAGAAGAACAUCAUCAGCCAUGUUACUGGAGCUGAACACCAGAAGAUGUACCUAGUGGGGUUACAGAAACUCCCACCUCCACCAGGGAAGCACCUGAAGCAGAACAUCAGACAUUUGGCUGCUUUGUUUGAAAAAGCUAAUGGAUAUGGAGAAGCUCAGGUUGUUGAUCUGGAUGAACGGAUUUACAAUGACAUCUCUAAACAAAACUUUGAAUCAGCCAUACAGACAGUGAAGACACUUCUGACUGUUCAACCUGUGGACACCUCAGUCACCCAUCAUGCUCAACAAGAGGUUUAUUCAAACACAGAGGACUUGCAGGUGGGGGACAAGGAGGUUGGUGAUUCGGACUCUGAGGCACAGCCAUCUUCUGUAACUGCAGCCGUGACUGUAAUGACUGAAUCUGCUUGCAAAACAACAGAAGUCCCCCCUGAAUCAAAUGAAGAUGCCAAAAUGAUAAAAGUGUCGGAUUUAACUGCCAACGCUUACACCUACCCGACUGUUUCCACAAGUAGUGAAGACCCAUCAAGUCUACACUUGUGCACAGGGGGGACAAACACAACCCGUCUGCAUCCUGAUUCCAGAAAUGACUCCAAAGCCAAAAUAAUUUCAAACUCAACUGUGGGACCAUUAAAAACAAUAACCACUUCCAAAAUAGUGGGGAUAUCCCAAUAUGGUGAAAACACCUUAAAAAAUUCUGAAACUGCAUCUAAAACUUCGACUGCAUCUCAAACUAUGGUGACAUCUGUGGCCACUAAAACGAUUAAAACGUCAGUCAAAUGUGAGAACACUGUCAAGACUUCACUUAUGAAGCACUCAGUGGGGCCAGAUACUGAUGCUGCACCAAGUGUUCCUAAGAGUAACGCGCCUGCAGCUCCGCACUUGACCGUGUUCAUGUCUGAAAAGAAGAAUCCACCAACAGAGCCAUCACAUAACUCUAAGCCAAGUGAAGUUGGCUUAAACCAGUUGAUUAAAGUAUCGUGUGAAGGAAGGCGGCAAGUCUACUGUCAGCUGUGUUCAGUCAGGUUGGAACAGUCCAGUCACCUUUUCAGCCAAAGGCACCAGUAUAACUACGUGAAAAUGAAGUUCCCUGCGUGGACUGCCAAGCCGUCUGAGAACAAAUUGGACAAGAUAGUGGCCCACUUGGCUGAGGCUGAGAAAAAUACAGGAUCCCGAUGCAACCAGAUAGAAGUGACGAUCGAUGAGUACGAGGAGCUGGCUGCUAUUCCAGAAGUCAAAGCUCUACAAAAAGUUAAAGCAAUGUUGAGACGGAGAGAUCUCAUCAGGGGGGUCUCAUCUCCUACAACCACAGCAGAUGAGAGACUUGCCCUUGCUAGUCCAUGUGAAGCUUCAAGCCCAGAUGAUGCUGUCAGGAUGGAGCCACCUCAGGGUUGUGCAGAUCCUCUUGCCACUGACUCAGAAUCACACAGAGGCAGCUUUGUCCAAACCCCACAUAUACACCAAAAGAUGGCUGAGAAGAGACACAUGCAGGAGAGAAGUGGCCCAAAGUUAGAGGACACACAGAAGGUGCUGGAAGGCACUCAGAGAACAUCACCUGUAAAAUUCUUCAACCAAGACCCGCGCACUGCUGCUGCUUUACUGAAUACAAAACAGCAGAGCCAACCAAGACCGACCGAGAAAGUAGAACAUGUACGAAAACCCUUAAGAUGUGCUCCAGGAGCCAAGCACCACUGUGCAUCACACGAAGUCCCAACGAUAGGGGAAAGAACUCAGGACAGGAGUCAUCUGUCCUUCUUCCUAAAAGUGAAGAGACUGAACUGUAAAUCAGUUGGAUUAGGCUUUGUGUGGGAGUGUCACGGAGAGCCACCACAGAAACUAUUCUUCUUGUGUGAGAGCUGCAGAGAAACAAUCACCUUGAGUGACAUCUGUCAACACAUGGUCAGCAAUGAGCACCAGCGCAAAUACAUGCUGAUGCAGCACCCUCAAUAUAUAAAGUUCUGGGAUGAGAAGGAUCUGCUCCCACAGAUGAAACUGGAGAUUUUAAAUGAUGUCGUCCCACUGCUCUCAGAGCAGGAGAGUAACAACAAGAUAGAUGCGCAGGUUGUAAAGCUGAGACCGCACAUUCAUAAAUAUGUUGAGACAGCUCCGUUCAGUGAAGCUUUACAAUUAGUGCAAGACAUCAAGAAAGAACCAAAACGGAGCGUCCUCUGUCCACCUGUCAGCGCUGAACAACAAACCGACCGGCAGCCUGAGGACCAGCAGAGUCGAGAGGAAUCUCUUCGACCAGAGAAUCGGUCAACACAGGCACUUAGGACAGACCAGAGAAGUGACAAUGUUAAAACAACCAAAGAGCUAAUGGAACAAUGGCAAAGCAUCUGUGAGAAGGAAACCCUGAAUUUUUCAAAAAGGAGCCUAUUAAAAGCAAGAAAAAAUAAAGAAAAACAUAAUUUGGAAGAGACUGCAGUGGCUGGAGAUUUGGAUGGGGUCGAACAAAGAAGAGUCUUGAGUGCCCUGGAUGUGACCAGUGCUUCCUCAAAGGCCGAUAACAGAAUAUGUCCGCCCCAUCUUGCUGGCACAUGUCACAGUCCACAAGAGACCUGCAGGAGCCUUUCAAUGCAACCUGAGCUCAGACCACCGGCUUCUCAGAACCAGAGAUCUAUCCCUGAGUUGCAAGUGAAACAGGGAGAGGUGCACUCAGUAUCCCCAUCUUCCUCUGUUGUUAGUCCUGAAACCAGUCAAACCCUGUCUCUGUCUCCGAGAAACAGCUGCCCUCCGACCAGGAAAAGGCCAGCUGUUGAAUCUCUGGAAACAUUGGUUAGACCUUGCACCAGUAACCCCCAACCCGAUGAGCCUUUGCCAGCCAAGUGCACACGCUUCUCAGAGAAGUAUAUCAGUCAGCCCAGCACUGAAUCAACCUCAGAGUCCACUCCUGUUAACCCUGCUGCAACCUCCACCCUCCUGGCUCCCAAGGACACAGGACCUGGAACUGACGAACAAGACCCAUCCAUUGUCAACCAGAAAAAGUUGGAGCAUCUAAUGGCUCUGCUGAGAGAGAUGAAGUCUGACGUAAACAUAUCAGCUCCAGAUGAUGCUGAGGCUACAACCUCCUGUGCAGACGGUAGAUCUGAAACGGCAAAAAAACAAACAAGAUGGGAUUCGAAGUGGCAGCAGGUUAAAGCUACACCGAAAAAUAACUCCCCCUCCACUGACUCAUUGGAGGGGAUGUUUUCAACAACAGCAGCUCCUGAGAACCAACUCACCACCACUCAUGUGAACCCUGCUUUCUCUGCCGCCAGCUCAUCUAUUGAGGGCUAUUUAGCGAGGGACAACCAAGCCGAGGCAGUCAGUGUGUCUUCCGCCAGCACUGCUGACCCCAAUGAUCCACAACAACAGAGAAGUGUUCAGAGCAUGUUUGUAAAUGUGAGCCAGUUCAUUCCUACUUCCUUUCACUGUGUAGCCAACAACCACAAUUCAGGUCAGAUACCACAAGGUAACACAGACACAGACAGCCCUGGGGGUGGUCAGUUGCCCAUUGACUCCAUCAUAACCGCCAGGCCAGAGCUCCCUAACCAGCAGUUUAUGGGUGGCUAUAAUGCACAGGACCACACGGAGGUGAACAGAGGCCAUCAGGUCGCUCACAGUUUGCCCACAGUUGCAACAGCAAGUCCCAGUGACAGUCUGGCUGCUCUCGGGGGGUAUGGUCAGUACAGCCAAAUGGCUUAUGUCACAAAUGGAGACGUUCCAGGUUAUCUUUCUUCUGAGGCUGUUGGAUACACAACUCAAGACAACCUUUCUGAAAGUUACACAAAAAGGGUUUUCUACACCAGCCAGAUUUACCCAGAACAAGUAAACCGCUUUGGACACUUAGCAACUUCAAUGUCAUCAGGAUGGCCGGAAAUCCAACAGCAGCAGCAGCUAAUGCAGCGGCAACUAAUGCAGCAGCAACUAAUGCAGCAGCAACUAAUGCAGCAGCAACUAAUGCAGCAGCAACUAAUGCAGCAGCAGUACUCCGCAUGGACAAGCACUGCCCUGGCUGCUGGAGGUGGAAAAUUGACCAAUGAGGCUUCUUACUUAGCAGCUGCCUUAGCUUCCAUUCACUGCUCCAGCCAACAGUUUAAUUAGAUUAAGUGACCCGAACAACUACAGAAUCGCUCUAAAACAGAACAGCACUAACACAUGAACAAACAUCAGUUUACUUCGAGCAUCCGGUAAUUGACAAUCCUCCUACAGGCAACAGUCAAAUCACAUGAUCCCAGACACCUGCAAGCUCCUCUUUUUAGCAACAAAGAGUUGGGAAUAUGUAUUAAAUCAGUUUGAACUCCUGAAACGCCCAAACAACAGAUCUUUUUAGAAAAGGUUUAUAAAUAUAUAAUAGUGUAUUUUUAAUUAAGUUAACUGGUUUUGUCUUUUGGAGUAGCAACAAGUUCAGGAUACUGUAUGUACUUUUGCUAUUUUCAAUUUUUGGUUUAUAAAACCUUUGAAAAACACCAUAUUGCAUACCUAAUGUAACAGUUUCAGCCGCCUACUGUGAUUUUUUUUAUUUUUUAUUUUUAUAUUCAUAUUUUGUAAAUUUAAAUACGAUUUCUGUAAAAUUCAGAUCUGUGUGAAAUAUAUUUGUAUAUUUUUUUCAUAAAUUGCCUUGUUUUUGGCUGAAAUUA